AUGAGCGAACGGCUCCUCACCAACAUUGGCCGCCUAGGCGUUGCCAUUGGGUUUUCGGGAGUUGUGGCGAAAUCGUGUCUGUACGACGGGGAGCAGCAGCAUUGGCAACUAUUCUCUUGCAUGCAACACCAUCAACAGCUGCACCGCCAUCUGCGAAAGCGACUGCAGCAGGCGGAUUUGGCUCAUUCUGUCACGCGUCCGACGAGACGCAAAGCGUUGAGAGUCGCCGAACUUGAUGGAGGCCAGCGGUGCAUAAUGUUUAACCGUUUUGGGGGAGUGUCUCAGCGACCCGUUGGGGAGGGUUUGCAUUUUUUUGUGCCGUGGCUGCAAGUGCCGUACAUCUACGACAUCCGGACUCAGCCGAAAGUGAUCACAACGACCACUGGCACUCGAGACUUGCAAAUGGUAUCGCUUUCCCUCCGUCUGCUGUACCGUCCUAACGAAAGCCGCCUUCCCGUUCUGCACCAAACCCUUGGCCCCGAUUUUGCAGAGAGGGUGCUGCCUUCUAUUGGCAAUGAAGUGCUGAAAGCAGUCGUUGCUAGGUACGACGCCGAGAGCCUCUUGACGCAGAGGGAUCGGGUUUCGCAGGAUAUUCGGGAGCACAUUACACAGAGAGCCAAAAACUUCGAUAUUGAACUCGAUGAUGUCGCCAUUACACAUUUGAGCUACGGAAAAGAGUUCUCUCGGGCUAUCGAAGAGAAGCAAGUGGCGCAGCAGGAGAGUGAACGGAUAAAGUUUGUGGUUGCGAUGACGGAGCAAGAGAAAAAGGCAGCAAUCGUUAAGGCAGAAGGAGAGGCAGAAGCUGCUUCCCUCAUUUCAAAAGCCAUCAAGGAGCAUGGAGGCGGCCUAAUUGAAGUGAGGCGCCUCGAUGCUGCGAAGGAAAUCGCCGAGGCGUUGGCAAAGUCAAAGAAUGUCACAUACUUGCCGCAAGGAGUCAACAUGCUCGUUUCUCAGCCCUAA